AGCUACAUAGUAAGUGAUUGCAAUGACGAAAAGAUUGCUCCUACAAUACCCUCCGGAGCUUGAGAAAAGAUACACGGUAAAAGAGACUAUAGGAUCAGGUGGUUUCGCAAAGGUAAAACUUGCCAUCCACAAGGCCACUGGAGAGAAAGUAGCUGUCAAAGUCAUGUGCAAGGACUCCUUAGGGGAAGAUCUUCAUAGAGUACAGCUGGAGAUUGAUGCGCUGAAAAAUCUGUCUCAUCGUCACAUCUGUCAAUUGUACGAAAUAAUAGAGACACCUUUACUAUUCUGCCUCAUAAUGGAGUAUGCACCCGGAGGAGAGUUGUUCGACUACAUAAUUGCUAGAGACCGGUUGAAGGAGAGCGAAGCAGUAAAGUUCUUUCGCCAGAUUACUGCUGCAGUUGCGUACUGCCACAGUAAGGGGUUCGUCCACCGAGACCUGAAACCAGAGAAUCUUCUUUUAGAUGAGCAGCAAAACCUCAAGCUGAUAGAUUUUGGUCUUGCAUCUAAACCGAUGGACGUCAAGCACCAACUUCUACACACGUGCUGCGGAUCUCCAGCUUACGCUGCACCAGAAGUUAUAAGUGGUCAGCCGUACAUAGGCACUGAGGCUGAUCUGUGGAGUAUGGGGGUAUUAUUGUACGCUCUGCUGUGUGGGUUUCUCCCAUUUGACGACGACAACACGGCUACUCUAUAUAGACUUAUCCAGGAGGGACGCUAUAAGGUUCCAGACAGACUCUCUAAAGAAAGCACCCGACUCAUCCAGGGGUUACUUCAGGUGGACCCUAAGAGACGGUUAUCUGUCACGGACCUCCUCAGCCACCCCUGGCUUUGUCAUGGAGAUAGACCUCCAGUUCAACCAUUUGAUGUUUUAGAGGAUAUCCGAACACGGGAGGUUGAUAUGGAUAUAGUUCAACAGAUGGCAAUACACAUGGGCGUAUCCUUGUCUGAUAUGCACCCUUUAGUCGUCGCUUGGGAGUUCGAUAAAUAUACCGUACUAUACCUCUCAAUGCUCAAAGCAAAAGAAAAUGGCAAGAUAAUUAAGCUGUCUAGGUUGUGGUAUCCCGCUGACCGAGUGUCAGGAUCCUGCCUUCCCCCUGGUGCUGCUCGGCGUUGUUCAGCUCCCCCCACCGUUCACUUUAAGUUCAACCUAUCACUUGGAGUUGCAGCUCCCGACUACAACAGCAGAUCUAUCCCUAAUUCGCCGUGUCAAGAACGCAAAACUGGCAAUCAUAAUAAGAUAACGUUAGGGGUGAUAAAGAGUUCGAAAUCACUGGACGAGAUUACUCACGCACGUGACAAAACGCCGUUUACUGUCAUAACUGAUAAAGUCAGAUCGCGGUCAUGUCAGAGUUCGCUAGAUAAAAGACGUAACAUGGCGGUUUAUGCGGAUGAUUCUGUUAAAGGGUCACCCUCCCACCACAGCAUGGAGAGCAGAAGUGGAGAGUUCGCUGGUUGUGGAGGAAGGCGUCGCAGUAGUUUAACUGAGUUUGUACGGCAAUUAUUCAGUCUGGGAAAGAGAUCGAGUUUGUACGGCGGCACAGAUAAAUCGACCGGACCCAGAAAAGUUAACAAGGCGUUAUACAGUGUGUCGACCACAUCGACCCACAGCGCUGAACACGUGUUAGCGGAACUGCAGAGAGCGUUACAUAUCAAGGGGGUUCAGAUCAAGAAAUCAGACCGUUUUCCCAACUACCUGCUGAGGUGUACAGUAGCAGAUAAACGCGGUAAAACAAACAUUGUAUUCGAGCUGGAAGUCUGUCACCUCCCCAGAAUGGACCUUAUAGGUGUAAGAAGAAAGCGGGUCAAGGGUGAUACUUGGGAAUACAAAAAGUUGUGCGAGGAGAUCUUAUCAAUCGCUAAACUCUAAGAUGCUUCCCAAGGUCGUAGACCAUCUCCAUAAAGUCCUCGCUGAAUUUAUAUUAGUCAGUCGUACCUACGGUCAGUCAAAAUCGUCAAUCAGUUGGAGUCAGGAACUGAUGCAAGAAACUGAGACUCAGGCAAAUCUUUCGCUCUUAUUUGAAGAAAACGUUAUUAAGUCAAAUUUUGCUAAGUUGUGAUUAUUUUAGAAUUAGAUAAUAAUAUGAACAUAAAAUAUCUCUUAUAAGUUAUAUAGGAGAUAGGGUAAACGUCGUCCUACCCUAGAGGGUGAGGCUGAGGCUGAGGCUGAGGCUGAGGCUGAGGCUGAGGCUGAGGCUGAGGCUGAGGCUGAGGUUCCUUGGACACGAUGUGUAGGACCUCGUGAACCCAAGUGAAAGAUCGACUGACGAUUUCCGAAAUGACUAAAUGAGUGAAACAAUUUACUCAUCUUGAGGCCUUGCAGGCUAUCUGUGUUCCUUUUUGUGCUGCCUCUGCUACGUGUACUUUGUCUAUUUACUCUUCUUUAUCUCCUAUAUUGUAGAAGGAAUAUUGUUUUGUCUUGAAUUUCAAUAUCGUAGACAAUAAGAGAAUGAUUAUUUAAUUUGCUAGGUUCAAGAUUGGAAUUGACUGUCUGGAAUAUUAGGGGAUCUAGAUACACUUUCAGAUGUUUGAAAAAUAUUUUGAAUUUCUUUUCCAUUUGCUUUUUGAUUGACAUUCAAUUUUAGCGUUUCC